CGCCGCGCCGCCCGCGUCGAACGCUCGCGGGGCGCGUCGCGCGAGACCGGUCGUGAAUCGAGCGGCGACCCGUGGCGUCGAGCGACGCGACGCGGAGGCGACGGCGUGGCGACGGCGACGCGGCCGGCGAAGACGAGCGCGGCGACGAGCCGCGCGAUGACGUUUUCGCGCGCGCUGACGAUGACGACGUGCGCCGCGUCCUCGUCGCGAUCGCCGUCGUCGUUCCCCCUCGCGUCGCGCCGCCGCGCGAGCGCGACGCCGCGGCGCCGCGGCGCGCGCGCGACGCGCCGCGCGGGGAACGGCGACGCCCCGCGCGACGGCGAGCAGCGCGUCAGCGACGAGGAACUCCGCGAGGCGAUCCGCGAGUGUCGAGAACUCCUCGAGGAAGCGACGCGCAUGGCGGGCGAGCAAGCGCGCGCGGAGCUCACCGCGUCGUUCCUGCGCGCGCCCGACGGCGUCGAGAGCGGGCUGACCGGGAACCUCGCGAUCGACAUGGCGCGCGUGCAGCUCUUCUUCCAGGGCAAAGGCAUGCGGCAGUGGGAGGCGGAGCGCGUCUCGAGGACGCUCGUGGAAAUCGACUCCGUCUACCACGACGUCGAGCUUCUCGCGGUGAAAUACGACCGGCUCGUUCGCACGUUACCGGGCGUGGACGUGAAGAGCAUGGUCGCGACGGACGCGAGAGUGAUGGCGACGGACAUCGGCGUGAACGUCGAGCGGAUGAUCGCCAUGGCGGACGUGUUUCCCAAAGGGAAGGUGCCGUCGAUGAUAUCGGAGGCGCCGAGGCUGUUGUACUGCGACGAUCUGACCGAACGCGUGGAGCGGACGAUCGAUUGCAUCAAGCGCGUGUACCCGAAAGAGACGGACGAGAGCUGCAUGUGCGCCAUCAUCGAAGAGCCGACGCUUCUGUUCGAGCUCCCGGAUCUGAACGUAUUCAAAGAGCGCGUCCGGAUAGACAUCGCGGAGCUGCCGAUGACGACGCAAGAGAUGCUCGUCUUUGCGACCAGGAACGAAAACGAAUAGAGCCCCGCGCGCGUUUCGUUUCGUUUCCAGCUCUGCGUGUGGGGCUAUCUGUCGUCGUAUCCGCCGUGUAGUAUCCGUCGAAGUCGACACUGACGCGCGGCUCGCUCUUGUUGUUCUCACAGAGACGCGAAAUCGAUGUGAGGUUGUGAGCGCGCGACGUAAGAGUCUCUGUUGUAUUCGUUAGUAGUCGUAUUAUCGUACAAUUCGUCUUC